GAGGACGUUCGUCUAACUGUGCUUUGCUGUUCCUCUGGAAAGCCUCUGCCAUGAGACUGUUGGUUGCCAUAGCGAUUUCAGGGCUCCUGGCCAGCGCGAAGGUGCCGGACCACCCCAACGUCCACUACCCACCCUGUGACUCCCCGGAGGCAGAGGAGGCAGCCAUCUUAGCCCAGGACUACAUCAACGCCCACCACACCCAGGGCUACAAGUACGCCCUCAACCAGAUUGACGAAUUCAAAAUCAUAGAUAAGCCUGAUGGCCAGAAAACCUAUCUGAUGGAGCUGGAUCUGCUUGAUACCAAGUGCCACGUCCUGGACCCAACGCCCGUGGCCAACUGUACCGUCAGGCCAGAACAUGAAACGAACAUCGAAGCAGACUGUGACACGGUUUUGAACUGGGACAAAGGAGUGCUAACAGUACAAGCCUUCAAGUGCAAGUCCAAGAUAGAUUCCCGUGAAUUACCAUGUGUGGGUUGCAUUGAGCUUUUGCCUCUUAAUGACACUUCUGGUCUGGAGCUUGUCAAGGCUUCAGUGGCUGCUGUCAACGAUAAAUCAUCACUGCCUCCUGAAAGGACCUACUUUGACCUGCUGGAAGUUGGAAGGUUGUCCUCACAGAUUGUAGGAGGCGGGGCAAAGAUUUCAGCUGAGUUUGUUAUUGUUGAGACCAACUGCACCAUCAGCGAUCAUGACGACAGCUGUGCCCACGGUGAUCACGCGAAUGCUAGCAAAAUAUUCUGCACAUCUGUGCAGUUACCCAAUGAAGCUGCCGCCAUCCAGUGCGAACACAUCAAGAUUAGAGAUGGGCCCAGCCCUCCACCCCACCAUCACCACCACCAUCAGCAGCCCCACCUCAAGCACCACAAGAUGAUAGCCCUGCACGACCCCCAUAACACCAGCCUGUUGUCAGAGUCCGGGGAGUCAGCUGAGGUGCCAAAAGUGAGGCGUGAGACCGUAGCCUUAAAGGAACUGUUCCCUGCUGCCACCCGAGCUCCGGUGCCGAUCUGCCCGGGGAAAGUUCGCUUUUUCUGAGACACUUCCUCUAUGGACAGUUUUCUCCCACUUUCCAUAGUCUAUGACCCUGGUGAUUGCGCUGAAGCACAAUUCGUAAACAAAUAUAGUAGCUACCUGAGAGACAAGAUGCAUCACGAUUCAUUAAUGAUGCUAAUAAACAUAAGAUCAGUGUU